UUUUAAGGUGUAUGACUCGACAAAAAUCAACGAUCAUGUUUAUCUGAGAAUGAUGUCUCGAAUGUUUUUCCCUAUGUAAAAUACGACAACUAUGAUGAUUUAUAAUAAUGUUUCAAUUUAAUAAAUCAUAGCAAUUCAUCUGCGAUGAACAAUGCGAUUCAGGAUAAAAACGAUUGGCUUAUGUCGCAACCUAAGCUCAGCUCCGCUGGAGUUUUCACCAGAUUCUUGACAGAAGCGACCGAAGAUAUCUCGGACGAAUUCCUUUCUGGCCACUUCCAACUGGCCGCCGAAAUGAUCCGCCAACUCUACAAUUGCAAAGACACCGCAAAAACCAAUAACGAAGAGACGUUCGCUUUCGACUUUCUCAAAUGCCUCGUUGAGUCAAAAGGGUUGAAUCGUUUUUGGAGAGCUUACAAUUUCGAGAUGGAUGGCUUCAGCGUGAUUCCACUGCCUGACGAAUUCUACUCGCUAUGCUCGACGUUUCAAAACUUUUUACAAAACACGUCACUUUGCAUACCAACUGACUUUGUAGCUGAAUUAGAUCAAACUGGAAUUUACUAUUCAAAGCUGCCGAUUAAUGUUCAAAAGUUCCGAACAUCGUCGUAUACCGCGUGCUUGGAGAGGAGCGGCGCGUUGCCUUACGCAGAAACCAAAGAGAUUUUCGACUCCCUCUACAAAUAUUUCAGGAGCCAGGCGCCGAAUCUGACGAUAAUCUGGGACCAAGCGUAUUUGAACAACAUCGAUGGCUUCACUUGGUGCGCCAGCGAUUUCGACCCCUUAUACGACCCCAUGAACCACGUCGCGGUGCCCGUCGACGUGAUCAAGGAGGUGUCCGGAAACCCCCUGAUGCUGGUCUCGCUGCCAGGGCCGGAACCAAACCUGCACGCCGUUCCGGUCACCGAUGAGCUCAAAUACGAGACCCAUGUUUUUUGUCGUUUCUCCAUAAACAUCGUUGCUUUUUGCCGGUCAAACCCAGGCUUGAAACGCUGGGAGUACUAAAUAAUUGUUUGCUUAAACCCUAAAAGAGAGUUUAAAAGAUUUGACAGUUGGGGAAUUUCUUGGGAAACAUUUUAAAAUA